AUGGCGGAGCCGGGCAGCCCGGCGGGCGGUAACCAUGGCAACCACUAUGUUUGGCAUUCCCUGCUACGGAGCCCAGAGCAGGGGUCUCUGCAGGGCUGGGGUCCGCGGGAUGCGGCCCGGCUGUUGCGCUGUGAGCGAGAGACCGGCCCAGCCCCCGCCUCCCUCCUGGAAGGGCAGAUCCCUCCCCCUUACCAGGCCUGGGGGUGGCAGGCGGACAAAGAAGGCUGUUAUUUGAAACUGUUAAAUUGUUUCUCUGCAACCAGGUCUCACCUGGAAGGAGACGCGACUUCUGCAGGAGAGGAGGACCAGAAUAAUGAAGGAGACAGGGUAUCACCGACAGAGAAGAGCAGUGACCAGAAAAAUGAGGAAGCUGUUGGCGCUACAGAGCAUUCUGAGGGGGAAAUCACAAAUGAUGGGGAAAUCACAAAUGAUGGAGAAAUGGAAAUCGAAGGGGAAGUCAAAACCGAUGGGGAAGUCGAAAUUGAAGAGGAAGUGAAAAUGGAAGAGGAACUUAAAUUUGAAGGGGAAUUCGAGUCUGAUAUGGAAGCCACAUCCUCUGAAGGCAAAGUCAACUCUACAGAUCUGACUUAUUCAGGGCUCAGUGCUGUGGGUGUGCCUGGAGGGGAAGCUGGCCCCACACACCCAUAUGAAGGAGCAAGGAGGGAAGCUGGUCUGGAAGACAGAGAGGCCCCCCGGCCAUCAGAACCCACAGAAGUGGGGGUCAUCUCCACAGAGCCAUCCCAGCAAGUAGUAGGCUUAUCUGAGCAAAUGGGCCAGGAUGCUUCUCGACGGAGGGUUAGCAAAUCGAAAAAAUCCCAUGAAGAGCCCCAGCAGAAGGUCUUUCCUCUGGCGGCACGACAGCACCUCAGACUGAGCCAGGGGAGCAGCAUCACAUCCUCGGACUUUGAUGAGCUGCUCCUGUGCAGGGAGGAGCCCUCUGCAGAGGAGCCAGUCAUCUCCCCAGAGGAGUCUGAGGCCCACCCCACCGAAGGAGCCCCACCCGCGUUCCUGGACAGGAUCCAGCAGUUAAGCAUGGCCGAGGAAGGGGCUGUGGAGAGAAUGGAGUCCGAGGGGAGUGAUGAGGCUGAAGAUGACGCAUCCCAACUGGUGGUUUUGGACCCAGACCACCCCCUGAUGAUAAGAUUCCAGGCUGCCCUGAAGAACUAUCUUAACCGACAGAUAGAAAAACUGAAACUGGAACUUCAAGAGCUGGGCGCGGCCACCAAGCAAAGCCGAGUCCAGCGGCAGGAGCUGGGGGUGGAGCUCUACGGGGUCCAGCAGCACCUGGCCCGCCUGCAGAUGCACCUCGAGAAGAGCCACGACCGCCACUCGCUCGCCGCGUGUGCGAGGCGGCAGAAGGAGGAGGAGCUGCGGAGCGUGCGGUCGCUCUACGCCAAGACCUGCGCGGCUGCCAACGAGGAGCGCAAAAAGCUGGCAGCUCUGCAAGCCGAGAUGGAGAACCUGGCCCUGCAUCUCUUCUACGUGCAGAACAUCAACCAGGACGUGCGCGAUGACAUCCUCGUGAUGAAGCAAGUUGUGAAGAAGUCCACAGUGGAGCAGAUGAGAGCCGAGACGGAGAAGAAGAAGCAGGAUCUGAACGUGGACCAGCUCACCACCCGAGCCAACCAGCUGGAAGAACAAAUCGCCCUGUUUGAGGCUCAGUACUGUGCCCAGGCCGAGGACACCCGGAUUCUCAGGAAAGCAGUGAGCGAGGCCUGCACGGAAAUAGACGCCAUCAACAUGGAGAAAAAGUGCAUCCUGCAGCAGUGGGCCACCAGCCUGGUGGGUAUGAAGCAUCGUGACGAGGCUCACAGGACCAUCCAGGAGGCGUUCAGCGAAUACCAGCAUCAAGUCAAGUCCAUCGACAGCGAGAUUGAAGCCUAUAAGAAAUCCAUCGUGAAGGAGGAAGAAAAGAACGAGAAGCUGGCGAUCAUCCUGAACCGAGCGGAGUCGGACGCCAGCCUGAUGCAGAAACUGACCACGCAGUGCCUGACCAAGCAGGAGGCGCUGCAGAGCGAGUUCCACACCUACAGGCUCACGCUGCAGGACACAGAGGACGAGCUGGGCAAGGCCCACGUGGAAUGCGCGGCGGCCAUGAGUGAGUUGCAGACCCUCCACCAGACCACCCAGCAGGAGCUGGAGCUGAGGAGGCAGAUGGACACCUCCAUUGUGGAGAAGCUGCAGGAGCACACAACCUCCAACAAGAUGACCAAGUACUUCCACCAGCUCAUCCUGAAGGUCCAGAAGGAGAAGACCAACCUGGUGACACAUCUUUCCAAAAUUGAUGGUGAUGUCGCUCAGACCACCCUGGACAUCACGAACGCCAGCUGCAGGCUGGACAUGCAUCAGAAGACGCUGGCUGAGCUGGACCAGGAAGUGAAAAAAGUCAACGACCUCAUCUCCAACAGCGAGAACGAAAUCUCCAGACGCACGAUCCUGAUCGAGAGAAAGCAAGGCCUCGUCAACUUCUUCAACAAGCAGCUGGAGCGGAUGGUUUCUGAGCAGGGGGGGGAAGAGGUGGGGCCCCUGGAGCUGGAAAUCAAAAGGCUGAGCAAGCUGAUCGAGGAGCACAACAGCAGCGUGAGGCAGGCGCAGGGCACCUGGCUGCGCCUGCAGCAGGAGAUGGUGAUGGCCACGCGGGAGCGCGAGGAGCAGCUGGGCUCCCUGGCCGCCUUCAAGAAGGAGGUCCGCAUCCUGGAGCAGAAGAAGCUGCGAAUAGAGAACAAGAUCGAUCAGGAGAAGGAGGAGCAGAAGGAGAUCCAGCGCCACAUGAAGGACCUGGACAACGACCUGAAGAAGCUCAGCGUGCUGAUGAGCAAGAGCCGCAGCAGCUCCGAGGGGCUGCAGCAGGACAACCUGGUGACCGAGAACGAGUUCCUGCGCUCGCUGAAGGCCUCUGAGAGGGAGACCAUCGAGAUGCAGGAGAAGCUGAACCAGCUCAGCGAGGAGAAGGCAGCCGCCCUCAACAGCCUGGUGGAGACAGAACACCAGAUCAUGCUUUGGGAGAAAAAAAUCCAACUGGCAAAGGAGAUGCGCGCCUCAGUGGAUUCCGAGACCGGCCAGACAGAGAUCCGGGCCAUGAAGGCCGAGAUCCACAGGAUGAAGGUCAAGCAUGGGCAGCUGCUGAAGCAGCAGGAGAAGAUGAUCCGCGACAUGGAGCUGGCUGUCGCCCGGAGAGAGACCAUUGCGAGCCGGGCCGAGGGGCAGUGCAAGAUGGACAGGAAGUUGCUCACCCGGACAGACUUCCACCACAAGCAGAUGGAGCUGCGACGAAAGAUCAGGGACAUUCACAAGGCCACUGAGGAGUGCACCAAAGUUACCUUGGAAUUGGAAGAAACUCAAAACUGUGUGAGCAACUCCCUCCUGGAGAAGCAGGAACAGCUAUCAGCGAUGCAGUCCCGUGUGGAUGAUAUAGAAGCUGACCUGGACCGGCUCGUGGCCCUUAAGCGACAGAACCUUUCCCAGCUCGUGGCCCUGCAGACGCGCCUCAAGCACCUCCAGGCUGUGAAGGACGGCAGGUAUGUGUUCCUGUUCCGCUCCAAGCAGUCACUGCUGGCAGAGCGCAGGCGCCUGGAGGACCGGCUGGCCAUCAUCAGCACCAUCCUUGACCACGUGAAGGACGAGUACCCCCAGUUCCAGGAGGCCCUGCUCAAGGUCAGCCAGAUGGUCGCCAACAAGCUCGAGUCACCGGGCUCCUCCUAGAGAACAGCCUGGACCCCACCUUCCCAGGCCGGCCCCCCAGGAAGAGAUUAGAAUUUUGUGUAUUAUCAGGGACUUAGAAUCUUUCUGGGUCACUGAAAGCCAUGUCUACCCUCAGAGAUGACACCAUUUAAGAGAAAUAGAUAGGCCAGCACUGUAGGAAAUUUUUUUCAGCCACUUAGUAGUUUAAACCAAGUCAAAUCCCAAUGUUCGCAGUUGCAUUUUGGUGAGUCUUCCGUUUGCAAAGGCAGUGACCGUGAACACAGACCUGUGUUCCCACCUGGGACUCACUUGUCCAAGUCAAGCUGGCGUUUGUGGAGGCUCCCAUUUCUGCACAUGAGAGUGGUCAGAAGGGAACUGUGUUUCCUCAUAAGCGUGUGCUGGUACCAGUUCAGAAUCUUGCAGGGUGAGUAAAGGAGAAUGGACUCCACAGAAAGCAGGGGUAUGAUGGCGCCCAUCCCUCAGCGCCUCUACUAGGGCGCAUCUGAGAACCCGCAACCCAUCUUCUCAUCCACAGUUUGCCCCCCACACCCCGCCCCCAGGAAACUCAGUUCCCUUCUCCUGCCCCCACUCCCAGAUUCACAGCCCGCAGGAGAAAGUCCAAGGGGAUUGAAGCCAGGGGCCAUGUUUAUAGAGGCCUAAGGAGACUGAAAUAAGACCUUCAUGUGUGUGAAUGCCGGCCAUGUCCCAUGUCUGCCCACUUGUCCAGCCUUCACUGCCCACCUGAGUGCUCCUUCUCCACACCCCUGAUCCCUGAGCACCUGUUACCUUGUGGCUUCUCUGCAGUGUGAAGGAAAAACGUUCUACAAAAUAAUUUCACUUUCAAACUU